AUGCCCUCCUUCAAUGAACCACCGAUGGAGCGCAGUCAGACCAAUUCCUAUUUCGAUAGAUAUUUACAAAAUGUCAACUCAGAAAAUCAAAGAAGCCUACAGCCUUUGAAACCUCUCUCUUCAUCAGAAGUCAACUUAUCCCUGAAUAUCAACACUCCUUCUAAAGUCAACUUCAAGACUUCAGCAUCCCCAGUUCUUUUAAAGGAGAAAGAAAAUUUAUCAACUUCCUUCAGGAGUUCAGUUCCAGCUUCUAAUGCAUUAAAUAGCAGGCCUAACCCUCCAAUGAAAAAUACUAGCACACAAAACUUCGACAUUUCAAAUUAUUCGAAGGAAGAAUUGAGAUAUUACGAAUACCUUUGUAGAGUCGGAGAAAUAAAGGUAUGGAUCGAGAAUGUCAUUGGAGAGACAUUGCCAUCUGAACUAGAGCUAUGUGUAGGAGAUAGCCUUAGAAACGGGGUUUACUUGGCAAUGGUAACUCAAGCCAUUAAUUCCGACUUAGCUCCCACUGUGUUCCCAGCUGGUGAUAAAUUACAAUUUAAGCACACACAAAAUAUUAAUGCUUUCUUUUCCUUGGUAGAGCAUGUUGGGGUUCCUGACUCCUUUAGAUUCGAAUUGCAGGAUUUAUAUAACAAGAAAAACUUACCACAAGUUUUCGAGACUUUACUUAUUCUAAUCACAAUGAUAGCUAAGAAAUGGCCUGGUAAAACACCUGUGUUGACCAAUUUGUCGGGCACUCUAAGUUUUAGUAAGGAAGAUAUAAAAAGAGUACAAAGGCUGUGGCCUCGUAUCCGUGACUUCAAAGCCCUUGCUGCUCCGCAGAGUCCUUCCAGGAAAAACGUGCGUGAUUCCCCAGAUCACAGUGGUCUUAUUAGAGAUUUUAAUCAAUUCGAGCCAUUAAAGGUACUAACCAAGAAUAUUGACAAUGACAACCAUAAAACCCCCUCCAAAACAUAUGAAAAAGAAUAUACUAAAUUAGAAACUCCGAGGUUGGCAUCUCCCAUUAAACUUUCGACAUCACCUACCAAGCAAUAUGAAUCCGAAGCAGAUUUAAACAGAAGAUCUCCAAUUCACAGUUUCAGAGAAACAUCUGUUCUCCCAAGUACCCCAUCUUUACAAUAUAGUCCUUUGAAAACAACUAGUUUGUCGUACUAUUCACCAAGUAUAUCCCGUCAUCUAACGUAUGAUACGGAAUUUUAUUUGAGAAGAAGCCAAAAUAGAGAAACUAACCUCCAGUAUUAUGACGCUUUUGCCUAUUCUCCUUCUCAUUACUCUCCUGUAAGAAGAAGAAAAAUGACUGAAUCAGAAUUUUUACAGGAAGUGGUGAACAUUCAAAGCUGUUGUAAGGGAUCAAAUACUCGUUUUGAACUGUACAUGCAAAGGAAACUGUUAACCUUAUUUAAAAAUGAGAUAUUCAGAUUCCAAAGUCUAUUAAAAGCCCAGUGCGCUCGAAAAAAUAUACUUGGAGACAACUAUACAAAUCCUGUUCUGCAAAAUAUCCCAACUUUACCUAUUUUGCAGGCCCAACUGAGGGCUAUCAAUGUUAGAAACAAGAUUGAUAGUCAUAUAAUAAAAGGAUUUAGACAACAGCGGAAUAUCGAAAGACUUCAGGCCUGUUUGUCCGGUAUCAAGAUUAGAAAAAUUAUCAGAAUCCAAAUUAUUGACAAUAAUAUAGCAACUAUUCCGGCAAAGAGGCUCCAAGCAAGGGUAAAAGGAAAUUUCAGAAGAGAGAAGCUUAGAUCUCUGUUGUAUGUAGCAGGAAGUCAAUUGACAGAAAUUACGACAAUUCAGAGUUUCUGUAGGGGCAGAUUCGUGAGAAGACAAGUUGGUGGUUUAUCUUCAACUUUGCUGCAAACUGAGGCUUCUUUGGAUUUGAAUGCACUCAAAGGAAUAAUUAGAGGAAAUACAGUAAGAUGCUCGGUAGAACUAAGGCAUAAUGUUGUAAUACAUGAAAGAGGUAGUCUAUUGAGGCUGUUGGCUUUGCUUCAAGCAAAUAAUUCCCGUCAUAAAGUCAGAUUUCUGACUUUAGCUUCUGAGGAUCAAAGGUCAGUCUUAUCUUUACAAGGUCUGGUUAGGGGAAUUCUAGUUAGGUACACUUUGGAUCUUAUCGAUGACAUUAUCGAAUAUAAUAAUAUUGAUAUUCUGCAAGCUCAUGUACGGUCUGCAUCUAUUCGUUCUACUUUGACUAAACGAUCAAAAAUAUUUCUAAAAAGUGAGAAAUCCAUCGUUAACAUUCAGAGCAAAAUAAGAAUGUAUUUACAACGUUCUGCUUACGUAGAAUUGAUGCAAUAUCCUAAUCCAAGAUUAAGAUCAGUGAGAAAAUUUACACAUUUGUUGAACAACUCAGGUACCAUGGAAGAACUCCAAAAUGAACUGGAAGCUUGUCAGGCCUCUUUAGAUUCGGAGAAUAUGAAAAGAGCCUCACUAGAAAAAGAGAUUAGGGAAAGGUUAGAUAUACUAGACAUAUUGGAAAAAUUUGGCCUGGAUAAGGAAGGGCUUAUCUUAUCUUGGAAAGCUACAAGGGAUAGCUUAACAUCACCAUAUUCUCAAUAUUCAAGUUUUGAGAAGCUCUUUUACCUUCUUCAGGUAAAUCCAGCUUACUGGAAAAUACUAUAUGGUCAGGAAAAGGAGUUUGUGGAAAACAAUGUAUACCUUACCUUUACUACAGUCAAUGAGAGAAUGGGAGAGCGUGAGAAAAGUUGUUUCGUAAGACUAUUAAAUGAAUUUUUAUUGUAUUCUGUUAAUGAGGCUAAAUCAAUUAAUCAAAUAUUUUCUGAAAAGUCUCAGAUCUGGGAAAGGUUGAUGAAAAAAUUUCUGUAUAAGGAAUAUCCUACAUUAUUUUCUCUUUUCAAUCCUCUGUUAGAGUAUAUCUGUGAUCCAAAGGUCGAUAUGGACAGUAAUCCAUAUGUACUGUACGAGAAGAUACACGGAUCAGCUCCCCAUCAAAAUAUUCUCCCUAUUGAAGAUAAAGAAACUAAAGAGCAGUUUAUUCAAAAUUUGAGAAAUUUGUGGCACUGCAUUGAAAUGAUAGCUGAGAUAUUAACUAAACAGUUCUCCUCAAUCCCUCUUGAAGUGAGAUUUUUGUGUACAAAAAUUUUUGGUUAUGCUGCAGAUAAAAAUGCAGAUGAAACAGACUCUUUACGUUGCAUUGCGAAAGUACUGAUUGGAUGUUUUAUCAGUGAGUAUAUUGUUAACAGAAGACAAUAUGGCUUUUUGGAAAACGAGGAUGAACAAAUCGAGGAGAAAAUUGCUGUUGUACUUAAAAGUGCUAUGACAGUGUUUAGUCUGAGGAAAUUUUCCGGCUAUUAUGAUCCAUUGAACCAAUAUUGCGAUGAAAUAAAGGGAAAUGUGCAAACAUUGUUAUACUCCGUUUUUCUAGACCCCAGCUAUGAACAAAAGGGAGAAGAAUUGGUUUACACAGAUAUGAUAUCAAAACCUCCCUCUUUGGAGAUUCUGAAAGAGAAGGCAUUUGAAAUUGUUGACAAAUUCAGAGAACAUUUAUUGAACUAUCCUGAGAACGAUGUUAUACUUGAGGUUCUAGAAGAGGCUACAGAAAGAAAAUCGAAAAGAGAAAGUCGUAUUUUCUUGCAGUUAAAUCCUUCUGCAUAUAGAUUUUCGGUCGUAGAGGAUAAAAUGAGAAAAUUAUAUGAUCAAACAAAGAGAGCAUUCAUCUAUAUGACACAAGUUGAAGAAAUUGAAUCGAAUUUAUAUGCACUUGCAACUAGCACGGUUCUGCCAGAAGAUGAACCUAUUUUUAAGCAAUUAGUGAAGGAAAAUUCAUCAAUCAAAAAUGAUCCUAUAGUACAACACUUGCAACCUCAAACCUAUUUCAGUUUGAAAAGCACUACUUUGAAGAGGAUAUAUGAGCUUGAGAAUUUGGGAAUAAUUAAUUCAAGAGAAAAUAAAUUGCAAAAUAUUUUGAACGAUAUAGCAAACACAAUAAAAAACCCGACAUAUGCACUUGAAUAUGUGUCACAUGAACUUAAUAUCGCUACAAAUAUUCUCAGACAAUUGUCUGAGAAUAAUCGACAAUUGAGUAAACAUUUUGCCAGUAUUGGUAAAUCCAUAGAAAAGAUUAUAGGAGAAUCCCAACGAGCCAGAAAUUUUGUUCCAGGCCAUAAAAGUACAUUUAGUGGUAUUAAGAGUGCUUACAAGAAGGUUCAGCAUAAAGAUGUCAUUGAAAUGGAAGGGCUCAAAUUCAAAUGGACAACAAGACAAAUGUAUGAAAAGGGCGUUAUCAGAUCAAUUACAGGUGAAAGACUAGGUGAGCAAACUGUUAAGGUCUUUGGUUCCAGUGGUCCAAAAUUUCCCGAUAUAGUCUUCAAAAUUUCAACAUCCAAUGGCGCCAAGUUUUCUAUCCAAUUACUCGAUAAAAGAAAGGGAUCGGAGAAGAGAUUCACUGAAACAAUGGAUUCUUUUACUUUCCAUGAUCUGCUAUAUUCCCAAGUGAAUGGACAAGACAAAAUAUGGACUUUACUGAAUUCCGCAGUAAGCUUUAACACUGAAAAGCUGCUAUUUCUAAUUAUAGAGACAUUCUUCUCUUGA